UUUAAUAUUAAGUUGGUUUUUUAUGGAAUAGAGAGAGUAUCUAUUUAUGCAGUUACGCAGAGAGCUGAUCUGAUCACGACGUGACCCUUGCCUCAUUUCUGCUUGCUGCUUGCUGCUUUUCGAGUGAACCAACCAACAAAGAAAAGAAACGACGAGCUACUAGUAGAGUAUAAUAGUCAUUCAGUCAGGUGUAUGACUCGCCACGUUGCUAUCGAUGCACAUCAACAUCAACCUCUGCAUCGAAAGCUAAGCUAAUCCGAUCUGAGUAUAUAUAUGUGCGUGAUCAGAUAUAGUCGAAUAGUCCAUAGCCAAAUCAUACACACAUAAUUUCUUCCUCUAGACAUUAGUCCAUUACCAGUUUAAUUACCACUUGUGUUUUUCAGCCUCUUCGUCUUGCUCCCAAGAACUCGCGAAGUUGUUGGCUAAAGCCAUGAUCUGUUCGUCCACACGGUACACCUCAUCGUCUCUUGUGUGUCGCGAGGAGAUCACUAGGAGGAGAUAGCAUCGUAGCGGCGGCAACCGGCGGCGACAGCUUAUUAUUACAGGAGAGAGGUUGCUGACGAGGAGGCCAGUGGUGAUCGUCGUGGUCACGCCUGAGCAGCAGCAAGCUAGCUAGCUAGCGGCAAUGUGCGGCGGCGGCGGCGGCGGGCAGAUGGUGGUCGUCGUCUUGCUCGUCUGCGUCGUGCUGGUGUCGUCGGCGGCGAUGGCGGGUGGCGCUAGGACUGGGCCGGUUCAUCUUGCCGGUGGCACGGCUAGUAGCAGUAGUGCUCCUGGCCCGGCCGUCGCCACGCCGCGAGGUGAUGCCGCCGGAGCUACGACGAUGACGGCGACGACGACGACAAUGACGGCGGCGGCGACCACGGCAACGUUUGCGGCUGAUCCGUACAAGGAUAGCAAGAGGAAGGUGCCGAAUGGGCCCGACCCGAUUCACAAUAGGAGAGCCAGAUGGGGAGAUGCACCAGCGAGGAGAGUGUAGAACAACUACAUGCAUCCAUAUUCAUGUAGAGUGUCGGAUCGAAAAUCGAACACAUGAAACUGUCCAUUAUAGGUUUUGUAAAAGAGGAUGCAGAUC